AUCAGUAUUCAGUAUUCAGUAUUCACGAUGCCUUGUUGGUACUUUGAAAGGAAAGAGAUUAAAAAUUCUCCUUCUUUUAGAGAUGGCAUUGAUACUGCAACAGAAAAUCGAUACAGACGAGAAGGAGCACGGUUUAUUAUUGACGCUGGAACCAAGAUGGGACUACGUUAUGAUACCUGUGCAACAGGUGUGGUCUAUUUCCACAGGUUCUACAUGUUUCACUCCUUCAAAGAAUUUUAUCGUUAUGUAACUGGCGCUUGCUGUCUGUUUCUGGCUGGCAAAGUGGAAGAGACACCCAAGAAGUGUAAAGAUAUUAUCAAAAUUGCACAAACUUUGCUAUCACCUACCUCCUUUCUAAGAUUUGGUGAAGAUCCCAGGGAAGAAGUGAUGACCAUGGAAAGAAUCUUGUUGAAAACUAUAAAGUUUGACCUACAAGUGGAACAUCCAUACAGCAUGAUGCUCAAAUUUGCCAAAAUAUUUAAAGGUGACAAAGAAAAAACCCAGAAAAUGGCUCAGAUGGCUUGGACAUUUAUUAAUGAUAGCCUGUGCACAACUUUGUGUCUCCAAUGGGAGCCAGAGAUUGUGGCCGUGUCUCUGAUGUAUCUCGCCUCCAGGCUGACCAAGUUCGAGCCCACUGACUGGACAGGAAGGUCCAGCAGCAAAGCCAAAUGGUGGGAGGACUUUGUGGAAGGCAUGUCCAUGGAGCUGAUGGAAGAUAUCUGCCAUCAAGUCUUGGAUCUGUAUUCUGCAAAGCAAAAAAAACUUGAUGCUGACUCACCACCACAGAGUCCAGCCAAACCCAUCAAGCAGCCCAGUUCUCCGCCUCCACCCCCUCCACCGGACAGAACACCAGGGAAGAGGAGUAGAGAGGAUACCCCAUCAGAAGCCGAACCUGUAUCUAAGGCAGUGAAAGUAGAAAAAGAGGUCAAACCUCCAACCUCUCACAGUAGCUCUACCAGCACUGCAGGAGCACCUAUCCCAGUAGCGCAACAUAUAACACCGUCGACUGGAAGUCACUCUAAUUAUGAUGCCAGUGGAAUAGAAUAUUCAUCAUACAAUCCUUACGUGUCAUCUCAGAUGUACACUUCUUCGUUCAUGUCGCAGGAAGGAUCUCAAAAUAUUCAGUCCAUUCUGGCUGGUACAGUGGCUCCACCUCAGCCAGUGGCGCCAUCCUAUGUAGAGCACCACGGCCACCACCCCCCAACCUCAGAAAGCUCCCAGUAUCCACCUCCUGCCCCACCGUCUGAUUUAUCCUACUCGUACGCACCCCCUCAGGCACCCUACCCGCCGCCAUCCUUGCCACCUCCCCAUACCUAUCCACCUCCCCCCACCUCUGCCCCAUCCUAUGAUCCCUAUCCCAUGCCUGCUUACGCUCCACCAGGAUACCCUCCUCCCCCUCCAGCCUCGCAGCCUCCUUCCCACCCUUACCCUGCCUCCUCUCAGCCUCAGCCCUACUCUAACUACUACCCUCAGUCUUCAAAUGUCCUGCCGCCUCAACACCCCCCGCCCCCGCCGAGGAUGCCAAAUUAUCCCCAGCCCCCUUACCCACCCCACCAGCCCCCAGGACCUCAAGGAGGUGCUCCCAACUACAACCAACAGCCCCGUCACCGUGGAAAUUAUCACAAACAGGGCAAACACAAUUCGGGAGCUCAGAGAAAAGACAUUCCCGCCUUGACUGAAGUUAAAAUAGCUGGGCGCACAGAUUGGAAUCACCCCUAGUCUACUUUUCAUGUUGUUAGAAUCAUUU